UUUAGCAGACACAGCUGGAAACAUUAAGUGUGAAGUUGCAAGUAAGAUGGAAAGUCAGAUUCAAAUUAGUCAUUACUGUUUGGUAAAGUGAUUAAAGUUUAAAAACUUAAACGCAUAUUCUGAUUUUAUUGAACACUUUUCGUGUAAUCGAGGAAAUAACGUGGUAAAGUCAAAACCUCAGUCUUCCAGAAGUCUGAAAUUGUCUGCAUGCAAUCUCCACUGGCAACCAACCAGCCGAUGACAGAUGGACAAAAAAUUAAGUUUGAGAACAAUGGGACUGAGUCAAUUUACAACCAUCCUGAGUGCCCUUUUGUUCCUCAGGCAGGUCGCAGGAGUGACGCAGCCAACAAAUCCAAAUAUAAUAAUUAUACUUAUAGAUGAUAUGGGCUUUAACGAUGUCAGUUUUCAUGGCUCUAAUCAAAUUCUAACACCAAAUAUUGAUGCAUUUGCUUAUAAUGGAGUUAUACUUAAUCGUUACUAUGUGCCUAAUCUGUGCACACCCUCAAGAGCGGCGCUGCUAACCGGAAAGUAUCCCAUACACAACGGAAUGCAACAUUUUGUGCAAAUACCAGAUGAGCCCUGGGGAUUGCCGCUAGGAGAACGCCUCAUGCCCCAGUUCUUUCGUGAUGCAGGUUACUCUACGCAGCUCGUUGGCAAAUGGCAUUUGGGAUUCUGGCGCCAGGACCACACGCCUAUAAUGCGCGGCUUUGAUCAUCACUUUGGCUACUAUAAUGGGUACAUAGAUUAUUAUGACCAUACCCAUUAUAUGUUGGACAGAAAUUACACAGCAGGGGCUGACUUUCGACGCGAUCUACAACGCUGUCAUUCGGAUAACGGCACGUAUGCAACGGAGGCUUUUACAAAAGAAGCUCGUCGCAUAAUAGAACAACAUGACCUAAGUCGCCCUCUUUUUAUGGUAUUAAGCCAUCUAGCCGUGCACACAGGUAACGAGAAUCAGCCCAUGCAAGCUCCCUACGAGGAAGUGGCAAAAUUUGUACACAUAAGCGAUCCCAAACGCCGUACCUAUGCGGGUAUGGUCUCUAGUCUCGACAAGAGUGUGGGCCAGACAAUACGUGCUCUCUCAGAUCGGGGCAUGCUUAACAACUCUAUUGUACUACUUUACUCAGACAAUGGAGCGCCCACUCUAGGUAUUCACUCCAAUAGUGGAUCCAACCACCCUUUUCGCGGUCAAAAGGAAUCUCCCUGGGAGGGUGGCAUACGCUCCGCAGGCGCUAUUUGGAGUCCACUUUUGCAAAAGAGUAGCUACGUAUCAGAUCAGGUUAUUCAUGCAAUAGAUUGGCUACCCACACUGGCUUCAGCUGCUGGUGUGGCUCUACCCGAUCAUCUCAAUAUAGAUGGCGUUAAUAUGUGGCCCACGCUUACUGAAAAUUUGGAGCCGCAGCCUAGAACACUGUUGCAUGUAUUGGAUGAUGUUUUUGGAUAUUCGUCAUAUAUGCGGGACAAUCUAAAAUACGUCAAUGGAAGCCGUUUUGAGGGGCGCUUUGAUAGUUGGUUGGGCGAGUUGGAUGCCGGCGAAAUCGAUCCGCUAAGUACGUUCUACGUUCAGCAGGUCCUUUCUUCUGAAGUGCAGCAGGUUUUGGGUUCUAAUAGCCUAACUAGCGAGCAUAUCAAACAGCUCCGUGCCCAUGCAAGUCAUCACUGUUCCAUUAACGGUACGAUACACUUGCAGCCUGUGUAUUUGUGCCAUCCCCUGCAAGCGCCCUGUUACUUUAAUUUGACCAACGAUCCAUGCGAGCACUAUAACCUAGCGAACCUGUAUCCAUUGCAAGUGCAGCAGCUCGAAAAGGAAGUAAACGAGUUUCGGUUGAAAGCUGUCGAAAGUGCUCGAGUACCAAUACCGGAUUUGCGUGCGAAUCCCGCUCUUCACGAAAACUACUGGGAAUGGUGGAAUGAUACCGAAACCGAAACAGUUACCAGUGGGGCUGAAAAAUGGGGAUCCAAUCUUUUAAACUUGAUUUGGCGAUAUUGUGCGUCAUACUUCGACUUUGCUUAUAAGUAAUAUUUUUGUAUCCUUUUUUUUCCGAAAAAUAAAAUUAUUAAAACUUUAUUUU